GCCAGAGGGCCGAGCGGGACCCCGGGCCCCGCUGGGACCCGCCUCUGCCCGCAGCCGGAAGGCGGGAGAGCCGCGGAGGCCGGCGCGGCGCCGGGAGGGUUAACGCUAACCCCUCCCCCUGACAUCACGCCGGCGGGGAGAGGCCGGCGCGGCGGGGAGAGAAAGGACCCGAGGCGCGGGCUCCCGACGCCGCGCUCACAGUGCACCCGCGGCCGGCGGAGCGCGCACCUGGCUGGCUGUCCGCGCGCAGAUCGCCCCCCCCGCCCCCCCGAGCCGCCCGGGCCUCCGCCCGCCGCCCGGGCCCGAGCCCCGCCCGCCCGCCCCGCUGGGCCCACGCCCGCCACUGGCCCCGAGGACGCCGGCCGGACGCCGGGACUGGAGCCGCGCGGGAGGGCGUGAGCGCGCCGGCCGGAACCCGCUCCGCGGAGCCGCCGGCGGCCGCCGAGCCGGGGUGGGUCCCUCUCCGGGGCUCUGCGUGGAGGAGAGGGCGGGGCCGCGCGGGGCGGGGAGCGAGGCGAGGGGCAUGACUCGUGCGCCUGGCGGCGGGCAUCUGCCGAGCCUCUGAGCUGCGGCGGCUGAGGCCUGGACCGCGCCGAGCGCACCCCGCGCCGCCCGCCCGCCCGGCCCCUCGGCGGACCUGGAUCCCGCAGCGCGCCGGCCCCGACCGCCCGCGCCUUCCGCCGGCUUCUGGGGCGAGGAGCGCUCCUCGCCGGACCUCCGGGCCCCCAUGGCUCCGCGGGGGCUUGCGGACGACGCUGGACGCUGGUGGGGCCUCGCUCUCGGCUUGGCCGCCUUCUUCCUCCCAGGUGCCCGCGCCCAGAUGGUGCAGGUGAACGACUCCAUGUCCGGCUUCAUCGGCACCGACGUGGUGCUGCACUGCAGCUUCGCCAACCCGCUGCCCGGCGUGAAGAUCACCCAGAUCACCUGGCAGAAGGCGACCAACGGCUCCAAGCAGAACGUGGCCAUCUUCAACCCGGCCAUGGGCUUCUCGGUGCUGCUCCCCUACCGCGAGCGCGUGCAGUUCCUGCGGCCCUCCUUCACCGACGGCACCAUCCGCCUCUCCCGCCUCGAGCUGGACGACGAGGGCGUCUACAUCUGCGAGUUCGCCACCUUCCCUGCGGGCAACCGCGAGAGCCAGCUCAACCUGACCGUGAUGGCCAAACCCACCAACUGGAUCGAGAGCAGCCAGGCCGUGCUUCGUGCCGAGAAGGGGCGGGACGAGAAAGUCCUGGUGGCCACCUGCACCUCGGCCAACGGGAAGCCGCCCGGCGUGCUGUCCUGGGAAACGCGGCUGAAGGGGGAGGCCGAGUACCAGGAGGUCCGGAACCCCAACGGCACGGUGACCGUCGUCAGCCGGUACCGCCUGGUGCCAGGCCGGGAGGCCCACCUGCAGCCCCUGGCCUGCAUCGUCAACUACCACCUGGACCGCUUCCGGGAGAGCAUCACCGUCCGCGUGCAGUACGAGCCUGAGGUGACCAUCGAAGGGUUUGAUGGGAACUGGUACCUGCAGCGGACGGACGUGAAGCUCACCUGCAGAGCCGACGCCAACCCCCCGGCCACCGAGUUCCGCUGGACCACGCUGAACGGCUCUCUGCCCAGGGGCGUGGAGCCGCAGAACAGAACCCUCCUCUUCCGGGGGCCUAUCGACUACAGCCUGACGGGGACCUACGUCUGCGAGGCCACCAACCCCAUCGGCACCCGCUCGGGCCAGGUGGAGGUCAACAUCACAGAAUUCCCCUACACGCCGUCCCCUCCGGACCACGGGCGGCGGGCCGGGCCCGUGCCCACGGCCGUCAUCGGGGGCGUGGCGGGGAGCGCGGUGCUGGUGCUGCUGGUGGUCGGGGCCGCCCUGCUGGCCCUGCGCCGGCGCCGCCACACCUUCAAGGGCGACUACAGCACCAAGAAGCACGUGUACGGCAACGGCUACAGCAAGGCGGGCGUCCCACAGCACCCCCCGCCGCUGGGCCAGAGCCUGCAGUACCCCGACGACUCGGACGACGAGAAGAAGGCCGGCCCGCUGGGGGGCAGCAGCUACGAGGAGGAGGAGGAGGAGGAGGGCGGCGGGGGGCGCGAGUGCAAGGUGGGGGGCGCGCACCCCAAAUACGACGAGGACGCCAAGCGGCCCUACUUCACGGUGGACGAGGCCCAGGCCUGUCCGGACGGCUACGGGGACCGGACUCUGGGCUACCAGUACGACCCCGAGCAGCUGGACCUGGCCGAGAACAUGGUCUCUCAGAACGACGGGUCUUUCAUUUCCAAGAAGGAGUGGUACGUGUAGACCCGGCCUGUCUGCGCCCUCCACCCGCACGCCCCGCCUCCUCACCCAGCAUCCC